AUGGGGAGCUUGGGGUGCACCUCGCCAAACAGAGGAUCGGUGCAAGCCCUUGUAGAAAUCGCCACGAAGAUGCCCAUGGAGGGAAUUGCAGACUUGGGAAUCCACAACGUGGGGAUUCCUUGGUGGGGAUCAGCAGUAGCCAUGACACCCACCGUAGCUCCCCUAACCAUGAGAAUAGGAGGCGGCCUCUCCCAUUACAUAGAAAGGUUCAAACGUGAAGUGAAUAAUGUCGAGAGCCCCUCCGACGAGAGUAUCCUGACCGCAAUCUCCGCCGGGCUUCGGAAGGAUGGGAAACUCUACCGAAGCAUUUAUAAAUCCCCGGUGAGGGACCUUGGCGAAUUCUACGAGCGAGCUGCGAAGGAGGUCUGGUGGGAAGAAGCAUUCGGCCUGAAAAAGUCGAGUGACCAGAAAAAGGGGGCUGUACACAUCGGCCAGAGCAAGAAGAGAGCUGAUGAGGACUCUCGCAAGGUCGAGGACGAAGCCUUAACGACCAGGCGACCAAAAAGGCGAGAACGCAACAAUGAGGAUUUUGAAAGGCCUAACUCCCUGAAGACUCCCAACAAGUACAGAACCAAGAGAAAAUUCUGUGCCUAUCACAACGAAGUGGGGCACACCACCUCUGAGUGCUGGGCGCUGAAAGAUGCAAUCAAAGAGCUGAUCAAGAGAGGUUGGCUACGUGACUAUGUAGUGCGUCCUAGGGAUCAACAGCCUAAACAGUCGGCUCAACAAAGCCCUCAUCGAGCUCCCGAGCAAGACCAGACGCCUACGGUGAGAACUAUCUUCACUAUCCAUGGUGGGCCCCAUAUCGCAGGAACUUCGAACAGGUCGCACGAGCGAUAUGUUCGGGAAGCCGGCCACCUUCUCCUUGUCGAAGAUGGCAGCCAAGAGGGACCUUCCAAGAAAGUCAAGAUAGCUUCGGAAGACGUCUCUUUUACUAAAGAUGAUUUCAAAGGCGUGCACUGGCUGCAUAAUGAUACCCUCGUGAUCCGAGCUCGAAUUAGCAAUAUGGAAGUACGGAGGGUGAUGGUCGACAUAGGUAGCUCGGUGAACGUCAUGUACAAGGGAUGUUUCAACCAGAUGGGAUUAAGGUUGGACCAGUUGACAUCCUCUCCAGAGCCACUAUACAGAUUCACUGGCGAUGCGGUAAUACUGAAAGGGCGUAUAAAGCUCCCAUUAACAAUUGGGGAAUCAGACCUCCAAGCCACAGCAAUAACGGACUUCCUCAUCAUUGACAGUCCUUCCGCUUAUAAUGUCAUCAUAGGUAGGCCUGCCAUGAACGAGCUAGACCUAGUUGUCUCAACCAAGGCCCUAACUGUCAAAUUCCCGACCCCGAAGGGGACCGGUUGUGUGAAGGGCGAGCAACAUUUGGCGAGGCGUUGUUAUGAGGAAGCAUUGAAAAUAGGGCUUAAAGAAAAAAAGAUAAAUAUGGUUUCCGAAUGGGAGGCUCGAGUCACUAAUGGCCAGGGAGUCAGCCACAACCUGGAUCCACGCGACAUGGAUUACGACCAAACCGCCAGCUCGGCGGACAAGCUGGAAGAUGUUAUGGUCAGUAGCUAA